AUGCCGAAGUCGAUACACUUUGGCUUGGACCUCACACUGGGACAAGAGGUGAUCAAAUUAGACCCAAACAUCAAGGUGGGUAUGCGGUUUGAAUCACGAAGCAGGACUGUGCUGCCCUUCACAUUAGAUGUCGCUGUCAAGGCGUUCUGGAAAUUCUUUGGCUAUUCGCAUGGGAAUAUGCGCAGCCUAGGUGACACUGAGUACUUGUUGCAGACGAAUUUACUUUCUCGGUCGUUUGCGAUCCACACGAACUUCCAGGACUAUUUCUCCCAACUAGUUGGCAAGUAUACAUGCCGAAAAAUCGCCACUGAGGACGAGGUUACACUCGUGUGGGUCGAAUGCACGGACGUUGAGGAGUUUGGUGGCAGCAAAUUCAAAGGGAUGCAGUACCUAAAACGAGGCUACGUGAAGUUGCGGAAGAUUCCUCGUGAAGGACCUGGCCACGAAUCCACGUCGACGAUUCUUGAAACGUACUCGGAGACAACCCGGCAUUUCGAGAUGAUAUCGAUGAUCAGGCAGUACGGGUGCAAAUUCGAGACCUGGUCAACUCGAUCAAACGCUCGUACAGUCGAGUGA